AUGGAUCUAUCAAGCGACGACCUCGUCCUUAUCGAAUUUGUGAAGAAUCACAAAUGUUUAUACGACAUUGAAAACACUCACUACAACGACUAUGCUUACAAGCAGAAAGUGUGGAAGGAAAUAGCCGAUGUCCUAGAAUACACACUUACAAGAGUAAAAACUAGAUGGGAAUCUUUACGCAAUCAAUUUCGAAGGUACAUGCGAAAGAAACGAACAACAGCCGAAGAACAAUUACCCAAAUGGAAAUAUUACGACGAUUUAUCAUUUUUACUCCCGCAUACAAACUAUCAGGCCAAACGUGCAUGCGCAACAGUAUUAUCCGAAGAGAUAAUACUGAAUCAAUCAGAAGAUGAUAGCAUGUACGAGAAUGCUGAACACACUGAGGAUUUUAAAGAUGAAGUACAUCCUGCAACCGAAAAAGCAGAUUCUGAUAAAGCCUGUAUUGUCGAGUAUGUGGUAGAAACGAAAAAGAGGAAACUAUCAGAUAACACUAGGCUUUAUUUGAGAGAUGAUCAUGAUGGUGAGAAUAUAAAGGACGAGUUGGAUCUAUUUUUUGAUACAAUGAAAGCAACCGUGCGGAAAUUCAGCGAGAGUAAUAAAAUAAUCGCAAAACAAAAGGUUUUCAGCGCUAUUAGUGAACUGGAAGCGAUUAACCUCACUCAACGGCUAGCAGAAGCCAACUGAGCACGAGAAUUAGGUUAUGUUUGAUUGGGUUACCAUAAAAUCAUUUUUUUUAACUAAAUUAAGGCUUAGAAUAGCACAUUUUACAUAUUUUGAACAUUCAAGAUAUGAUAAUUAUUAUUCCACUGAUAAAUAGUAUUGUUUUGUACAAUAAUAAUAAAUUUGUUUAUUUUUGUAGGAA